AAUUAUUUCUCAUUUUUUUAAAAUGAGUACACACACACAGAAACGUACGUGCGCAUACACUUUGUUUCAAACGCGUGAUAGGAAAGUGGAAACAUAUUACAUAUGGAAAAUACAAUAAUACUUCUGACCAGUACUUUAAAUUCUCUCUAUUUAUAGCUUUCUAACCCUCUUCAACCCCAAACGAGAAACACUACAAUUAAUUAUUCAGUUUUUUGAUCUCGAAAUCCCUCAUGGGUACGAUCAAAAUUCUGCCUUUUUGCUUCUUGUUCGCCGGAAUCUUGUUUUUCCGACCAACCACCGCCAGAUUCAUUCACCUUUCUGUUACACCAGAUAUAAAGUCUCAUGACUCCGAUCCAGCUUUAUCAGCUCUUGUAGACUCUUCAUCUUCUUUGGUUCCAGCACCAGCACCGUCGCUAGACGUGGAGGGGAACGGCGAGAGUGGUGGCCAGGAGGUUCAUUCGGAAUACCAUCAUCAUCACUCCUCGGACAAGUCUGUCGCCGGCGGAGAUGUGAUAAUCGGUGGCCUUGUCACGGCGGUUUUUGGCACGCUUUAUUGCUACAUUAGAGUUACGCGUAGAAAAGAUGGUGAAAAAUGAAAAGCAUUAAAAGCUUCGGUUUUCUUUUAUCGUUUUCUCUAUUGAGCUUUUAGUUUCGGGUAAAUAUGGCUAUGAAAAAUAUAUUAUCAUACUUACCAUUUGAUUAAUAUAUGAUAAUGGUUUUUAUUUAUUUUUAUU